AUGGAGGCACGAGCUCAUGAAUCUUAUGUUCAGUACACAUCAGACACGAAUUUUUUUAUAACAAAGACAGAAGGUGACGAUGAAAAUCAACAGGGUCAGUAUACAACCCUAACUCCGUUGACAACAACAACGACUACGCUGACGGACUCAACAAAGCUCCCGCCAAUCCAGACUAUUUCUUCAUCCCGCGUAUCAGGGUCGUUUUCGAUUGUUAAUUGUCCGAGUAUUGAUACAUAUGAAGUUCCUAAAAUCAAUGGAAUGGGUCAUGCUCUGCCUCCACUUUCGGGGACAAUGGUCGUUCCUCUUGAUGCCAAAACUCAGGCGAUUCCAGUUUCGGAUAUAAAUGUCUCCAGUGGUUCCCAACCAAUGACGAUCACGACCGUCAAUGGAAACUGGACGACUGGAUACACAACUGGAGUAUUGGAACGCGACUGUGGGGUAGUCAACAUCAUCAACACCACAGCCUUUCACGGGGUGCCGGAAAACGCGGUGUUUCUAGAAGUCGUUCCGCAAAGUGCGAUUGAAACGUCUCAAGAGCAAAAGCAGACUGAUGAACUCGAUACGAUCAUGGACCAAAAUGAUGACUCCACAUUAUUGAGCCCUGUUCUGAGCAAUAUAAAGACCGAAUACAGGACCGAACCGCAGCGUAGCUCAUCAACUCGAGUAGCACCAGUAGUCAGAUGCCAACAAGAAAGAGGCCAGGAUAUUCACAUCCCAGUCCUUCAAGCGCAGCCUGUCGAGACCGACUGCGAAUACGACAUUUUCAAGGCAUCUCCGGAACUAAAAAUCGUCGAGGAGCAAAGCAACAAAAGCAAAAGAACAUCGAAGGUCUCCGAGCCCAUUACAGGGAUUGAUGAAAUAAACACAAAGCUGGUAGCUCAACAGAUUACCGCCGAGCUGAAGCGAUAUUCGAUUCCACAGGCAAUUUUCGCACAACGAGUUCUUUGCCGAAGCCAGGGUACCCUCUCCGAUCUGCUUCGCAACCCAAAGCCUUGGUCGAAGCUUAAAUCCGGCCGCGAGACUUUCCGCCGGAUGCAAUCUUGGCUGCAAGAACCCGAGUUCCAGCGAAUGAGCUCCCUCCGACUCGCUGCUUGCCGAAGAAAAGACGAAGAGCGAACUCGAAAUGAAUCCACAACGAAAAAGCCGCGCUUAGUCUUCACGGACCAUCAGCGUCGAACGCUGCACCAGAUUUUUAAAGAGAAUAAGCGCCCAUCAAAGGAGAUUCAGCUGACAAUCGCGGCGCAGCUUGGAUUGGAGUUAAGUACAGUAUCGAACUUCUUUAUGAAUGCCCGUCGACGGAGCUCGGACAAAUGGCUUGACAAGCCUGACGAGUAUUCGCCGUAUGAUUGA